UGGUCAGAGAAGGUUGUGGAUCUGAGCUCUGAGUCCCUGCUGGAGCCCUCGUCGGUGUAGUCCUCUGCAGCAGCGACGGUUGAGAUAAGAGCCGUGACACUCCUGCAGCCACAGCUGCACACCACCAGCAUGAAGACUUUGGUUUUGGCUUGUGUCAUCGUCUGCAUUUUGCUUCUGUUGCAGGAAAAUGUUAAUGGAAAAACUAAUGAAGCAGAACCACAAGAACAGGAGAGAAUAGUUCUGAACCCGCGAGACAAGAGAGCUGGAGGCUCUGACCUGGACGACUAUUAUGUAAAAGGUGACCACGACGACAGUAGUUCUAGCAAACCCGAGGGAAGAGCAGGAGUUCGCAGAGCCAAGAAUGAACAAAAACGACGUCACAUUAGGAUUAAAGAAGAAGGUGACCGCGUCAAUAAUGAUGGUGAACCCCAAACUCAAAAACGGGGUAAAGGUCCCUGGACAAAGAAUGAAGAAAAACGCCGCAAUGGACAGAAAAAGAAAGAAACAAGCCCACGGAACGGAGAGAUGCGUCAGGGUAGCAAAAAACACAUCUCUGCAAGAACUGACAGAUACAAGACUAUGAAUGAAGUGCACACUGCCAAGAAAUCAGCUAAGGGAAAAAAGGUAAAUAAGAAGAAAGUUUUUAAGGGAAGGAAAGUAACCGGCAAGAAAGCCGCUAAGGAAAAGAAAAUCACCGUCAGGAAAAACGCUAAGGGAAGAAAAGUCACUGACAAGAAAACUUCUAAGGUAGGGAAAGUCACUGGCAAGAAAGACAUUAAGGGAAGAAAAGACACCGACAAGAAAGACAGUAAGGUAAGAAAAGUCACCAACAAGAAAGCUUCUAAGGGAAGGAAAGUUACUGGCAGGAAGGCCGCUGUUGGAAAACAAAAUAAAUUCCGUAAGAAUUUAAAUAAACCUAUAAAUAAGCAACACAAGAAAGGAAACCGUCAACUGGAAGACAUAAACAUGUCGAAGAAAGUAAAAAGCAACAAAAAGAAGGGAGGUAAACUAAAAACUAAAUUAAACAAAACUACCAAGAAACAUAUGAACGGUCAAAAGAAGCUUAAAAUGGAGGGACGCAAAAACAAAGAAAAUGCGGCGAAGAAUAACAAGACAAAUCUCAAAAAACUUCAAAAUCCCAAGAAAAUGAAAAACAAAUUCAAAACAAUUAAGGAAAUCCAAAAAAAUAAUAAAAAUCAAAAUAAAGAAAAGGAUAAGAAAUCACAAAAAAAUAAAAUGAAGGCAAAAAAGAGAGGAAACAAAGCCGCAGUAAAAAAGGCAGAGGAGGGGAAGGUAAAGCAGUCCUCUGGUAGUAAAAUUUCUCGUCACUCAGGAGAGAACCAUCACCCAACUGGCUACGGUCACCACUCGGGGGAGAACCAUCACCCAACUGGCUACGGUCACCACUCGGGGGAGAACCAUGGUUCUCAUGUAAAGUGCAAACAUCAUAAAAAGUGUACUCAGGCCGGCGGGAAGUGCCAGAAGAAAAACACUUGCAAGACCAAAGUUGCCGGUGUCAAGUGCAAGGGGAAGUCGUGCGAGUGUUGCCUCUCAGCUUGUGCAUUGAAACCCAAAAAGAAGUGUAAGAUAUACAAGGGCGUGUGCAAGAAGAAGUGUGGGUCGACGGAGCGCCAGAUAGCCAAAGGCUGCUCCAAGAAGAAGUGCGUCUGCUGUGCCAAAGCUUGCAAGCCAUUGAGCGCCUGCAAUGUUCUUGGUGGUUACUGUGUCUCCAGUAAGAAGCGCUGUUCAGGAUUGAUAAACAAAAAUGGUUGCAAAGGAAGCAAAUGUCUCUGUUGUUAUCCAAGUGUGACGACCUUCAGUACGACGAAAACGACCUUAGUAUCAAGCACGCAAAUUACUACAGCUAACACGACUAAUGCAACCAGCACAAUAUCCAACACAACCACUUCAGCCAAUACAACUACCGCAACCAAUACAACAACUACUGCAGCAAACACAACCACUGCCGCCAAUACAACUACAGCAGCCAAUACAACAUCUACCGCAGCAAACACAACCACUGCAGCCAAUACAACUACCGCAGCCAAUACAACAACUACUGCAGCCAAUACAACUACCACAACCAAUACAACAACUACUGCAGCUAGUACAACAACUACAGCAUCCAAUACAACAACUACUGUAGCCAGUACAACAACUACUGCAGCCAAUACAACUACAGCAGCUAUUACAACAACUAUAGCAGCCAAUACAACAACUGCAGCAGCCAAUAUAACAACUACUGCAGCCAAUACAGCAACUACAGUGAACACUACAGCAUUACUGGCUAAUCUCACUUCCCAACUCACCCAGUUACUCGCCACUCUAAACAGCACAACUAAUAUAUUAACAACAUUGCAAACCCUUCAAGUUCAAAUUAAUGAUAUUAUUACCACAAUUAACGCAAUACUUGGAGCAGGGAGGAGGAGACGCAGCACCUCACAAGACAUUCUGGCGAUCCAAUAUGUCAUUGACAACACAACAGACGCGUUGACAAGAGGCGACCUUACCACUGCCAAUGGACUCCUUCCACAGCUAAUUGUGGCGCAGACCACAUUUGCCCAGAUAUUAUCGUGUGCAGUUUUUCGGUCUUUGUCAGUCAAUUCAGGCCUGCUGACAAGCGCACUGUCUGCUCUAGCUAGCGUCAACAAGGCUAUAUCCGCUGCUAAUGCACGGAGAAGCAUUACGGUCGACCAGAUCAACACCAUUCAGGCACUGAUCAGCCAACUCGGAGGAACCACUGUGACUGUACCUACCAUCUCGCCCCUGAUAAUCACCCCGGAGUCCUUGGUCAGUUGCCAGUUAACAACCUCAGCACCAAACACAACUACUACUACUCAGAGUACCACAACCGUACAACUCAACACAACUACCAAUGUAAACACUACAACCACCAAUGCAUCACUGGCUGCUCUCUAUUCACAGCUCAGUUCACUGCAAUCCGCCUUAAAUGCCACAGAUAAUGCAAUUACGGCUCUUACCCAAGUUCAAGCCUUACUUCAAAAUCUUGCGAACGCAAUUACCGCAUCAAUACAAGGACGCAGGAGGAAACGCAGCCCCUCUCAAGUUAUCCAGGGAAUUCAAACUCUCGCUUUGAAUACUCAAUAUGCGAUAACAGGACGAAACCCCGAUCUUAUAAACAUUUUUGUUGAUCAGCUGAAUGUCAUGUUGAGUAUUUUGGUAAUAAUGAUACAAUCGAUAUUAAAUGGAUCAUUGAGAGACGAUGGAAGCAUUCAAUCAGCCGUUACAUCAUGCAUUCCCACUUUCACUACUGUAUUAACAAAUGGGAAAGCGAGUAGAGACAAAAUAUUCGGUGACAUCGACGAUGUACAGCAGACCAUCAGCAAACACGGUGGAACCACUGUGGUUGUACCCACUGCUCCGCCCACCGUCAUCUUCACCACCUUGUCCAUCGUCGCGACGACCUCGGGUGGUACAACUGGUCCAGUUAUCUCAGUGGGUACAACGGCUCCGGCAAUCUCGGGUGGUACAACGGGUCCAGUUACCUCAGGGGGUACAACGGGUCCAGCAAUCUCAGGGGGUACAACAGCUCCAGUUACCACGGGUGGUACAACGGCUCCAGUAACCUCAGGGGGUACAACGGCUCCAGUUACCGCAGGAGGUACAACGGAUUCAGCAACCUCAGGGGGUACAACGGCUCCAGUUACCACGGGUGGUACAACAGGUCCAGUUACCUCAGGGGGUACAACGGGUUCAACAACCUCUGGUGGAACAACAUAAAUUGGAACGAAAUAUAGCAACACGGAAAAGACCAUCCUCUGAAAUUAAAGCAGCUUACAGGAAUGCUACAGAAAAUAUAUUAGUGCACUACAAGCUAAACAAGUAAAUACAACGACUACCUUCGGGACUACAACAAAUACAAUAAACUUGUGCAGCUUCUACAUAAAAUAUAGUAAGCCAAAACCUUCUAUUAAUAUUAAUAUAAACUAAUCUUUAAAAUAUCAGUUUGUUUAAUAGUUUGCUUAAGCAAUACGCAUUAACACGUGUGUUAAUAUGCAGUUUUAACUUGUUAAAAGUACACAAUAACAUGUGUAAAAGUACACAUUAACACGCGUUAAAAGCAAAUAUUAACAGGCGUUAAAAGUACAUAUUAACAAGCGUUAAAAGUACACAUUAACAUGCAUUAAAAGUAUUCAUUAACACGUAUUAAAAGUACACAUUAACACUCGUUAAAAGUGCUCAUUAAUACGUGUUACAAUACACAUUAACACGUGUUAAAAGUACUUAUUAUCACGUGUUAAAAGUACACAUUAACGCGCGUUAGAAGUGCACAUUACCACAUGGCAAAAGUACACAUUAACUCGCGUUUGAAGUACACAUUAACACGUGUUAAAAGUAGAUUCGCACAUGCUAAAAAGUUCAUAUUAACACGUGUUAAAAGUACACAUUAACACAUGUUAAUAGUACGUAUUUAACAGUUACCUAAAUGUACAGAUUAGUACAUGUUAAAUGUACAUAUAAACUGAAGUUAACAGAAUGUAAAAUAGAACCAGGUAUUUAGUUCUUCAUUAAAAGCUCAUGACAAAUACUUUGUAAAUCGUUUGCACCAAUAUGAAUUACUAUUGAUCAUUGUCCUUAUAUAUCCGCUGUUGCUCAUACAUAAUAUAUCAAACUAUUUUCUCUCUCAAAUUGCAAAGGAACAUUUGUGUGAUUAUUAUACUAACAAAUUAUAAUUAUUUUGAAGAAGUGUUUAAAAAACCAUUUUAUGCUAACCAUUGAUAUAUAUUUAUGUUUAAACAGCAACAUAUUUAUCUGUGUAUGAAGUACAAAAUAUUUUACUGUAUGAGUAUGACUAUUUUCACUAUUAUGGUCCUGUAUUGGCCUAUUGAGUGAUGCACCAAGCAUUAACAAAAACUUGUUAAAGGCAAUUAAAAGUUCACAGAACA